AAACAGGGUUUGAGCUAAGAGCUGAACCCUGAACAGCCUCAGGCUCCACAGUAGGGUUGAAAUCUCACAGGUAACCCCACACAGCUCCCCCAAAAGCCCCCCUAGGCUGUGCUGUGGGCCAACAUUUCAUUUUCUCCAGAGAAAAACUGUCCCAAGGCCUCAGAUGGAGUGAAAAGCAACAAGUGAAAAGCCAAAAGCUCGGUCCAAGAGGAACAGCGAGGAGGUCUGGCUGGCUAGGGUAUAAUGGGGUAAAAAAUGAGGUUUCUGGAGGAAAAAAUGCCAGCAAAUCUUCAGGAUCUGCAAACCCCUUGUGCAACGCUCAGGUCUGGGGAGAACCCCCCCUCUUUCCUCAUACCAGGGCCAGAAGCUGACAUCCAACCCUCCCCAACAUCACCCCCUGCAUCCUGCCCUGAUUUCCCCCUGGAGCUGGCGCUGGGGUCCGGCUGCUGCAUGGAUGCGGGGAGCAGUGUGGUUAUUUCCCAGCAUCUCUGUUUCCUUACCCGAGCACGGAGCGAGCGCGCGUCCGGCGGCGCGCACUGGGAGGAGGGGGACGUUUGCCGACGUUUCCCGGCGUUUCCCCGCAUCCUCGGGGCCGGGGCGACGCGGGGAGGUGGAGCAGCCCGCGGAGAGCUGCAUCCCCGCAACCGCCGAUCCCACCAGCAGGCGCAGGAAGCAGCGUCUCCGCAUCCUCCGCUGGGCAGACGGCACCGGGAUAACGGCAUCCACAUCCCACGCCGCUGGGGUAGGGGCUUGACACACACACACACACACACACACACACACGGGUGGGGGGGUGCUGGGACAACCCCCCAGAAACCAGAUUUGGGGUGCGGAGGGGGGGGGGGGGGCUGCGGGGGGACCCUCUCUGCUUGCAAGCAGGUCGGUGGGGACUGUUGCGGCCGGGAUUGGAGGAGCGUGGAGAGACUCUCGGCACAGCGGAGAUGCUGCCCUGGCGCCGGAGCAAGUUUGUGCUGGUGGAGAACGAACGUAAGUGCAAGAGCAAGAGCCUGGGGCCGGGGCUGAGCUACGCUGCGCUGCUGGCCGGGUUCCUGCGCUCCUGCCCGGACCUCCUGCCCGAAUGCCCGCUGGAGAGACUGGGCAGCGUCUUCCGUGGCAAGCGCCAGAAAGUGGAGCUGAACAAAGAGGACCCGACGUACACGGUGAGGUACCUGGGCAACGCCGUCACCCUGCACGCCAAGGGCGAGGGCUGCACGGAGGAGGCGGUGGGCAAGAUCUGGGCGAAGAGCGACGCGGGAGCUGGCGGGGUGAAGAUGAAGCUGACAUUGGGACCUCAAGGCAUCCGCAUGAGCCCGUGCGAGAAGGGGGCCCGGCGGCCAGGCCACGCGUACCUCCUGCACCGCAUCACCUACUGCGCCGCCGACCGCCGGCACCCCAAGGUGUUCGCUUGGGUCUACAGGCAUCAAGUGAAGAACAAGGCGGUGGUGCUGCGGUGCCACGCCGUCCUCGUGUCCAAGGCCGACAAGGCACGUGCCAUGGCCCUGCUCCUCUACCAGACCUCCUCGUCCGCCUUCAACGAGUUCAAGCGGCUCAAGAGGCAGAACGACUUCCGCCACGUCCAGCAGCAGCUCCUGGGCGAUGCCAUCGUGCCCUUGGUGCCCCUGCGCCGGUUGCUCAACGCCAAGUGUCCCUACCGCCCGCCGGCCGAACGCACCCGCUGCGCCCCGCGCCUCAGCUCCAUCCUGGAGGAGGAGGAGGAUGAGGCCUUCGGCAGCGGGGCACCGCGGGGGGACGGCGCUGAGCGUGCGGCCGUGCUGCGCCUGGCCAGGGAGAUGCGGGGCUGCAGCCUCCAUGGCGUGUUGAGCCACGCACACCCCAUGGCGGGGACCGGCUGAACCUGGACCUCCCGUGGGGAUGGAUGUGGACAAGACAGCGGCUUCAUUCGCAAGGCAGAGCCCUUGGGGGGGGGGGGGUGUGUGUGUGUGUGUGAUGCACCCCCCCAUUCCCACACACAAACCUGCUCUCGUGCCUCCUCCACAGCGGCCAUAAUAAACCAACAUGUGUUUUCUGCGGUGUA